AGUGACACUCCACGGUGCAGACUCCUGCAGCGGGUGCGCGCAUUGGCGCGUCCGGGCGCCCCUGCAGGUGAAGUUCUCCCCGGACUGGCCAUUCUUGGGGGCGCGGGGCCCCGCCCCCGUGACGUCAAUCCAGGGCCUGACAGUUGAAGCUGUUCUGAUCGGUUGCUCGGGAGACCGGGGUACACAGAGAGGACUGGCCUCCGUCCCCAGGCCGAAGAGGCGCUGUCCCAGUCCCCCGUCCGCUGUCCGCUCCUGGGGCUCGCAGGCCCCGGGCAGAGGAGCCAGGUCGCCCAGAGCUGUGACCAGCGGAGAGCUUCAGGCACCAUGAGUCAGAGGCAGGUGCUGCAAGUGUUCGAGCAGUACCAGAAAGCCCGGACCCAGUUCGUGCAGAUGGUGGCAGAGCUGGCGACCAGACCCCAGAACAUCGAGACCCUGCAGAACGCAGGUGUAAUGUCUUUGCUGAGGCCUCUUCUUCUGGACGUGGUCCCAACAAUUCAGCAGACUGCUGCGCUGGCUCUCGGGAGACUGGCUAAUUAUAAUGAUGACCUAGCGGAAGCAGUUGUCAAGGGCGACAUUCUCCCACAGCUUGUUUAUUCAUUGGCAGAACAGAAUCGUUUCUACAAGAAAGCAGCUGCCUUUGUGUUGCGAGCAGUUGCUAAACACUCUCCUCAGCUAGCUCAGGCCAUCGUUGAUUGUGGAGCACUGGAUACACUGGUGAUAUGCUUGGAAGAUUUUGACCCUGGAGUCAAAGAAUCUGCAGCCUGGGCUCUUGGAUAUAUUGCAAGACAUAAUGCAGAACUGUCACAAGCUGUGGUGGAUGCGGGAGCAGUUCCUCUGUUAGUGCUUUGUAUCCAGGAGCCGGAAAUUGCUUUGAAAAGGAUUGCUGCUUCGGACCUCAGUGAUAUUUCGAAGCAUUCGCCAGAGCUGGCACAGACAGUAGUGGAUGCAGGAGCUAUUGCUCACUUAGCUCAGAUGAUUCUGAACCCGGAUGCUAAACUGAAGCGUCAGGUCCUUUCAGCUCUCAGUCAGAUUGCAAAACAUUCUGUGGAUCUGGCCGAAAUGGUGGUUGAAGCAGAGAUUUUUCCAGUUGUACUUACCUGCCUAAAGGACAAAGAUGAAUAUGUGAAGAAAAAUGCUUCUACUUUAAUUCGAGAGAUUGCAAAGCAUACACCCGAGCUCUCACAGCUGAUAGUGAACGCGGGAGGAGUCGCGGCCGUGAUUGACUGCAUUGGGUCUUGCAAAGGAAACAUACGGCUGCCUGGCAUCAUGAUGCUUGGUUACGUGGCGGCUCAUUCUGAGAACCUGGCGAUGGCGGUGAUCAUUAGCAAGGGCGUGCCCCAGUUGUCAGCCUGCCUGUCAGAAGAACCGGAGGAUCACAUUAAGGCUGCCACCGCCUGGGCCUUGGCACAGAUCGGGAGACACACUCCGGAGCAUGCACGGGCCGUCGCAGUCACAAACAUUCUGCCAGUGCUGCUUUCUUUGUACAUGUCGGCAGAAAGCUCUGAGGAUCUUCAAGUAAAAUGUAAAAAGGCCAUAAAGAGUAUCUUACAAAAAUGCACCUAUUUACCAGCCCUGGAGCCAUUUCUCUAUGAUGCUCCUCCCAAUAUUCUAAAGCAUGUGGUUGGACAGUUCAGUAAGGUGCUGCCACAUGACAGCAAAGCUCGCCGACUGUUUGUAACAAGUGGUGGACUUAAAAAGGUUCAAGAGAUAAAAGCAGAACCUGGGUCUCUUCUACAAGAAUACAUCAACAGCAUUAACAACUGCUACCCAGAGGAAAUAGUAAGGUAUUAUUCUCCUGGAUAUUCAGAUACACUUUUGCAGAGAGUGGACAGCUAUCAACCACUUACUAACUAAGCAAAUUUACAUUUAUAUAUUCAAAUUCACAGCAGAAUAAUUAUGAAUAAUAGUUAAAUAAAGGUCUUUCUAAAUAUUUGAA